UUGGAAUGUUUUCUAAUUUCAGCUGUUAAAGAAAAUGAGAAGAACAAAGAAAGAAAAUCCAAAGACUACGGAAGGUCCAAGUCAAAGAAAAAGAAAAAAAAGAAAAAGAGAACUAAGCCUGAAUACUCUGGCAGUGAAGAAAACACAGAUAUUUCGCAGGAGCUUUCUCCUGAAAAAUCGGUUGUCACAAAAUGUAUUUCUUCAAAUAAAUCCUCUGCCCACCCAAGCACACUGCUACACUGCUCUGAUUCUGGACAGCACCGAGGAAAGCCAAAAACAAAUGAGGAUGACACCCUGAGUGAGUCAUCUAUGGAUAGCUUGCUUUGGAGCGAUGAUGACUGCAGUCAGGAUGUUGAUGUAACCACGAACCCUGACGAAGAAGUUGAAGAAAGUGAUUUUGAGAUUGUUCGGUGUGUUUGUGAAGUAAAAGAAGAAAAUGACUUCAUGAUUCAGUGUGAAGAGUGUCUAUGCUGGCAGCAUGGAGUCUGUAUGGGUUUACUGGAAGAUAAUGUACCUGAGAAAUAUACCUGCUAUAUUUGCCAAGAUCCUCCAGGUCAGAGGUCCAGCUUAAAGUACUGGUAUGAGAAGGAGUGGUUAAGUAAUGGUCACAUGCAUGGCUUAGCAUUUUUGGAAGAAAAUUAUUCCCACCAGAAUGCCAAGAAGAUAGUAGCCACUCACCAACUUCUUGGCGAUGUACAGAGAGUGAUAGAAGUACUGCAUGGACUGCAGCUGAAGAUGAGCAUAUUACAAAAUAAAGAACAUCCUGACCUAAAGCUUUGGUGCCAUCCAUGGAAGCACAUCACGGUGGAUGAAAAAAAUCACACUAAGCACAUCAUUCAUAUUGAGGAAAACUGUUGCAAAGAGGAGAAAGCAAGUUAUAGAACUUGGAAUGGGACAGUUGAGAAACCCUCAGCCAUUCCUUCUGUGGAGGAGUCUUACAUUACAAGUGAACACUGCUACCAGAAACCUCGGGCUUACUACCCCGCCAUAGAGCAGAGGCUGGUCGUGGAGACGAGGGGCUCGGCCGUGGAUGACGGAGUGAAUAGAAUAAGGGAGAACGGGGACGAUGCUCUCUCAGAGAGAUUUGGCUGGAAUCUGGACCGAGAAAUAUGCAAGAUGGAAAAUGAAUCCAAACACAAUUACUCGAAGGUAAGAGAAUCUGUGUCUAAGAAAGUCUCCGCAGAGGAAGCGAUUGAAAUGAAACUGCUGGAAAAAGACAAAGAAGGAGCUGUGAACUCGCAGCUGCAGUGGCAGCUUAAUCUUUUAGCUCAUGUGGAAUCUCUGCAAGAUGAAGUCAUACACAGAAUGGAUUUCAUUGAGAAGGAGCUAGAUGUUCUGGAGAGUUGGCUGGAUUAUACAGGAGAGCUGGAACCACCAGAACCACUAGCUCGACUCCCACAACUCAAACAUUGUAUAAAGCAGCUUAUAACGGACCUAGGCAAAGUGCAACAGAUUGCACUGUGCUGCUCAACAUGAGACUAGAAAAUGUUGGAGACUGUUACAGAGUGUGAAGUUGGAGCAUCUGAUGUGAACAGCUCUGUAUAUUUAAAUGAAAUGAGCAUGCUGGUUGCAUGUGGCGCAGAUUGACUUCAGGGAUUUGCGAAGAAGUGCUGUUCAAAGAACAGCAAAAAGGUUAUUU